AUGACGCAACGCCGGCGGGACGCGCACGUGCCCUUCUCGACAAUGCUUCACGAAGAGCGCGAUGCCGACGCGAGUAGCGACUCGGGGUCUGCAUGGGACGGCGUUAAGUUGCUGCCGUUCGCUGCGUCUGUCGGCGUGGGCCUCGCGACGUGGGCCUUAAUUCCAGUUCCCGAGGGGCUGACGGACCAAGCGUGGCAGCUGCUGGCCGUGUUCCUCACCACUAUAACGGGGUUGAUUCUCGGGCCGCUUCCCGUGGGCGCGUGGGCCUUCGUUUGCCUCUCCUUCGCUAUAAUCACAGGCACUCUCUCUUUCUCUGACGCCAUUAGCGCAAUGACCAACGAGGUCAUCUGGUUGAUAGUCAUCUCUUUCUUCUUCGCUCGCGGAUUUGUCACCACAGGGCUGGGCGACCGCAUUGCCACGCUCUUCGUCAAAUGGUUCGGCAGCAGCACCUUGGGUCUCAGCUACGGGCUGGCAGCAAGCGAAGCCCUGCUAGCCCCAGCCAUGCCCAGCACCACGGCGCGAGCGGGGGGGGUGUUCCUCCCCAUCAUCGACUCUCUCUCUAAGCGCUUUGACAGCCGCCCCAACGACCCCAGCAGCAAGAAGCUGGGCGCGUUUCUCAUCAUGACGCAACUGCAGACCUCUGCACACAGCAGUGCAAUGUUCCUCACUGGAGCCGGGCAGAACCUGCUGUGCAUGAAGCUCGCCCAAGAGAUGGGCGUCGCUAUCCCCAACGCCUUCUCCACGUGGAUGGGGAUGGCCGUGGUGCCGGGGGCGCUGGGGUUGGUAGUCACCCCCAUGCUCAUGUUCAACGUGUUCGCUCCGGAGGUUAAAGAAACGCCAGAGGCGCCGGGGCUUGCAAAGAGGAGGCUUGAGGAGAUGGGGGCUGUGAGCGGGAAGGAGAUGAUCAUGAUUGGCACGAUGGGACUGGCGAUUACCAUGUGGAUAAUGGGGGAGUCGCUAGGUAUUCCCAGUGUGGUAACCGCUAUGUCAGCGCUCUCUCUCCUCCUCCUCUCAGGCGUCGUCUCGUGGUCCGAUUGUCUCUCUGAGAAGUCAGCCUGGGACACUCUCAUGUGGUUCGCUGCUCUCAUCGCCAUGUCCGCCCAGCUCACCCACUUGGGGGUCGUUGGUUGGAUGGCCGAUGGGGUUGCAGGGGGGCUUGGGAUGGUUCCCGGUGGGAUUCUGGCUGGGGAUAUGGCGACGGGGGGGAUGCUGGGGGAGGAGAUGGGGGGAAUGGUGGGGAUGCUGGGGGGAGAUUUGGGGGAGAUGGUUGGGGGGGUGACUGCAGCAGCAGCGGGAGUGGGAGCAGGGGGAGCGGUAGCAGCAGCAGGAGCAGCAGCAGGAGCAGCAGGAGCAGCAGGAGCAGCAGCAGGAGCAGCAGCAGGAGAAGCAGUAUCUACUGCCAUCACCACUGCUGCUGUCGCCGUACCACCGCUAGACUUCCCAGCAGAGCUAACUUGGGUUUCCAGUUUCUUCCAGCUGCAAGUACUCUACUUCCUCGCUCACUACCUUUUUGCCAGCCAGACAGCUCACGUGGGGGCGCUGUAUGCGGCUUUCCUCGCCAUGCAGCUAGCUGCUGGUGUUCCCGGGGAGGUUGGUGCGUUCGCACUGGCGUUAAAUACGAAUUUGUUUGGUGCAAUUACGCAUUAUAGCAGCGGGCAGGCAGCGCUGUAUUAUGGAGCUGGUUAUGCGCCGCGCAGGCGCCGCGCCAACAUGGCAUCUGUUGGGUUUCUCUCCCGCAGAUGGCGCGGCCUUUCCCAGCAAAGUUCCGCCAGUGCGCUUUCCUCCGCCAGUGCCGUUUCUUCCGCCAGCGACGCGGGGACCGCUGGAAGCACGUCCUUGCGCCGUCACGACUCGGCGUCUCCACCACACCUCACCGCAUCAGACCGCAGAUCAUCGUCCAGAGUGCGCAGGUGGCUCUCCGCCUUGAACGUGAUUCGUCGUGUGCGCCGCGAUCGCCAGCUCAGCGACCGCCAGCUCAGCACCACGUGGUUGCGGUCGCGCCGGGCCAGAAGGAAUGCCCCGUCAGCAGAAGCACCGGACGAUUUCUGGUGGCAGGGGGAGAUGAGCGAGGAGGAUUCAGGAGUCAUUGAAGCCGCCAUGCAGGCCAUUCUCAUGGACGAGCUGGCAGGCGCGCUGCAAGGGGGGGGAGGGGGGGCGCUGGGAGGGGGAGGGCUGCAUGGGGGAGCGAGGAGGCUGAUGGUUCCGCAGAUGCUGCUGUUUGAGGACGAGGAGGCGUGGACUGGGCUGAAGCAGCAGGAGAUGUGGAAGCUGGAUCGGCGCAAGAUGGCGCAUGGGGACGAGAGAGUGGAUUGCCAGAUCUGCCUGUCUGAGGCAGUAGCAGGGGAGCUGCUCACCUCGCUGCCCUGCAAGCACACGUACCAUGAUGCUUGCAUCUCCCCGUGGUUCAAGACUCACCGCACGUGCCCGAUUUGUCGGUUUGAGAUUGCGGACUAA